GAGGCGUGAGCCAGUAGAAGAGGCUGAGCCAGUAGAGGGGUCAGCCCUCAUCCCUGAUCCCUCUACUGGCUCCUUCUCCUCCCAGGAGCCGCCAGGAGGAGUAGGGACAAGUUCUGUCUCAGCUGGAGCCUGGCUAUCCGUGCCCAGGCACCGCGGGGCUGCAAGGCACCAAUUGGCCACUGGGUGGCAGCCUUACCCCACACCAAGCUCAGAGGCCUGUAGUGGCGCCUGCCAGACUUCCCAAAGCCCCAACGCAACCGACCUGGGGCUCCUGCAGGCCCAGCUGGUAGCUCCAGCCCAGUGUGGCUGUUGGACUCUCCCCACUCCAACACAAUACACUGUGCUGUACCCUGUAGUUUUUGCAAACCCAGGCUCUCCUCUCUCAUUCUCAGGUCAGACCCUCCAGAGAUUCCUUAAAGUCAGGCAAGGCCAGCAUCUUUAAGUUGAGAAAGAGAAACCGCGGCCCAGACAGGAGCAAAGACUUGCUCUUGACCUCGGAAUUAGCUGUGGCCAGGCUCUCCCCGCUCCCUCUAAAGUUCUCUUCCCACCAGUUCACAUAGCCUCCCAUCUCCAUGGGGAGUCCCAGGGCCAAGAGCCUUUAAUCGCAAAGAGACACCAAGCAGAGAGGGGUCCGGGCGUUUGGAAGGUCUGCACUUCAGUCAGCAGUGGCCUAGGUCUGCUCUCAGGCCCCACCCCCAUGGGCUCCAAGGGGAGGACCUGGAAUUCUAGCUGCUUCAUAGCGUUUGUGUUCCGGGCGGAACCUGCCCCGGCCCCGUUCCGCUCUUGUGCUGAGUCCUGUCCCUGCACCCACACCCCGACUCCCAGGCCCAGACCAUGCCCUAGGUAGGUGGCAGGCAGUUCAGCCUGCCCUGAGAGGUCACAGUGGGGGAUGGAAGGGAAAGCCGGGCCUUCGCUUCCGCCCUGCCCUCCCACUGCUCACUGGGUGAGCUUGGCCAAACCGGUGGCCUUCCGGGUUCCCGUUUCUCUUCCUGGCCCUGGCACUGCCUACCAAAGAGCAAAGAAGUUCUUCCCAGUUUGUACCUUCCCUAGUUACUGGUUGAGGGGACCAGGGACAGUUAGCCAAGAGAGGCACUCCUUCCAAGCCCAGCACCAGACCCAGGUUCUGGUGCCACUGACAUUCCAGCUCUGCAGGGUCUCGGACCCCCUCAGCCAGCUGACUCCUGACACAAGCCACCCCACCUGGGUGAGGCCUGACCUGCAGCACUGGCCUGAGUCAUGCGGGAUGGACUCGCUGCAGAAACAGGACCUCCGGAGGCCCAAGAUCCACGGGGCAGUCCGGGUGCCCCCCUAUCAGCCACCCACGCUGGCCUCACUGCAGCGCUUGCUGUGGGUCCGUCGGGCUGCCGUGCUGAGCCACAUUAACGAAGUCUGGCCCAACCUCUUCCUGGGAGAUGCGUACGCAGCCCGGGACAAGAACAAGCUGACCCAGCUGGGCAUCACCCACAUCGUGAAUGUUGCCGCAGGAAAGUUUCAGGUGGACACAGGUGCCAACUUCUACCGUGGAAUGCCCUUGGAGUACUAUGGCAUUGAGGCUGAUGACAACCCCUUCUUCGACCUCAGUGUCUACUUUCUGCCCGUUGCUCGAUACAUCCAAAGUGCCCUCAUCAUUCCCCAAGGCCGCGUGCUGGUACACUGUGCCAUGGGGGUGAGCCGCUCUGCCACGGUUGUCCUGGCCUUCCUCAUGAUCUGCGAGAACAUGACGCUGGUGGAGGCCAUCCAGACAGUGCAGGCGCACCGGGAUAUCUGCCCCAACUCAGGCUUCCUCCGGCAGCUCCAGGUUCUGGACAACCGACUGGGGCAGGAGACGGGGCGGCUGUGACCUGGUGGGCAACCAGGAACCCUGACCCUCCAGCCAGCAUGGCCCACCCAACCAGCCUGGCCCUGGGGACCUUGCUCCGGUCACCUUGAGAUGUAACUAGCAAGUGGGGGCUUAGCUGAGGCAGAGGCAGGGAGAGCUGGGUGGUGACCUUUAGCAGGUGGAUCUCCCUGACCCAAUCCAAAGAUUCUUUAUGCAGAAAAGAGUUCAGUCUGUCUCUAUAAUAAAAGGUUCAUCAUAAUAAA